GAUUUUUAUUUUUCCGGGCUUCAACGCUUCUUUUUUUGGUUCUCUGGACAACCAGGCAAAAACUCGAAACGAAAAUGAAAAUGUUGCGGCUUGUGUCUUCUUUACAUCCUCAAAUCCCAUCAACUUCUCCGAAGCUCUCUUUUACUUACAAAGAUGCUUCCUUAUUUCCCAAACCCCAAGUUCAGGUCCCAAAAUACCCUUCGCGAUUCGCUCUAUUUGCUCAAAAUGGAAACAAGGAUGACCUAACCAAGGAACCCAACAAGAAACAAGAAGGAGAAGAAAAUCCAAAGGGGCAGCCAAAUGGGUCUAUUAAUGGUGGGGAUUCGAGGAAUGAACGACGGUCCAUGUUUAACUUCAGAUUGGGUGAUUUGCUGGACCCAGAUCCCGAUAACAUCGUAGCCCUUGGAUUGACAGGUUUGCUAACGUGGGCAAGUGUUCAGGUUUUGUGGCAGCUGUUUUUGAUCUCGGUGGCUAUUCUUUUAGCUGCUCUCAAGUAUUCUUUCAUUGCUGCUCUUCUCAUUUUCAUUCUCAUUACCCUCCUAUGAAAAAAUUUUGAAACUUUUUUGCCCUUUAUUUCUUGAAACACCAAUCCUCUGUUGGAAACUGUCACUAGGAUUUUUCAGUAGGAAAGAAAAAAAUUAGCUUGAAAGAUUAGAUAUUGGUAUUGAAAGUGUUUCAAAAAUUGGAUUGCUGGAAUUUAGAGGUGGCAAGUCGUUGAGUUUGGGUUGUAGUGGCUAAAAUCUUGGGUAUUUCCGGUUUGAAUCAUUUGGGGUUAAGGUCAUUUUGAGUUUCAAAUUAUUGACUUUGUAAAAUGUAAUUUAAAUUGAGUCAAAUAAUUUGUGCUAUGUUUAUUAUUUAAACUUGGGUCCUUUGAACUUUCUAUUAUUGUGUUUUGUAAUGUGGUGAUUGGUGAAGAACUUAUCAUUGCUUUUUGGGAUGGUAAGUUUUCGAUUAGCAUCAGAAAGCUAACCUGAAGGCUACAGCUUAUCCUGAUUGUGUCUGGAGCAGGUAAGAGAGGUAGGAAUGUAGAGUGAGUCAUCCAUAGGAAAAGUGCAUCAAGUGAUAAUGGAACAAAACUUGCACCCAGUCCCAGUAGAAAACCAUUGUGACCAACUUAAUUGCCGAAAAGCUCUAUCACAAUUUCAAUUUGCUUUGUGGUUUUGCCCUCCAGGAAUCAUUUACUGUAUUCUGCGACCGAUCCAAGAGCAGUAUUGGAUUGCCAUGCCUGGGGACAUCCAAACUGGGACAAAAAAAGGGCUCUGAAAUGGCUGCACGCAGCUUGUUGCAUGUUCAGAACGUGAAACUGAAGCCCAGUUACUCAAUAGAUCAACUUACAAGUUCUCCAGAAGAAAAAAACAAUAAGAGUUCACUUCUUUUCCAUUUGAUGAAUAACAGUUUUCCAGGAGAAUAUAUACACUCCUGUUUAGAAAGGAGCUAAUUUUAUGGUGGGUGGCUCACCAAUCUCCAAAGAACAAGAUUGAAAAGCGUUUCUAGUUAGGUCAUA